AGCUCUACAAUGGUAGAUGGAGUUAUGAUUCUUCCUGUGCUGAUCAUGAUGGCGCUUCCCUCCCUGAGUUGGCAAGAUGAUGAACUGAAGCCAAAUACAGUCCAAUACGAAUGUGUGUGUGAAGGCAUGUCCUGUGGGAAUGGAGAUCGUUGCCAAGGCCAGCAAUGUUUUGCUUCCCUGAGCAUUAAUGAUGGUGCUAAGGUUUACCAGAAAGGCUGCUUCCAAGUCUACGAACAAGGGAAAAUGACGUGCAAAACACCUCCGUCUCCUGACCAAGCUGUUGAGUGCUGCCAAGGACACCUGUGCAACAUGAAUAUCACUGCACAGUUGCCUUCUUCUAAAGGGCAAACCUUUCAAGGAGAAGCUGCAGGUUACAGCAUGGAAACACUAAUCAUUGUUAUACUGGCUCCUGUGAUAGUGUUGAUAGUUUUUUCUGCAGUAGCUGUGCUGAUCAUCCGGAGAAUACAGAAAAACCAUAUGGAGAGGCUCAAUUCUAGAGAUGCAGAAUAUGGUACAAUUGAGGGACUCAUUGCAUCAAAUGUUGGAGACAGCACGUUGGCAGAUUUAUUGGAUCAUUCCUGCACAUCUGGAAGUGGUUCUGGACUUCCUUUCUUGGUGCAAAGAACGGUGGCUCGCCAGAUCACACUUGUAGAGUGUGUAGGAAAGGGCCGUUAUGGAGAAGUUUGGAGGGGUCAGUGGCAAGGAGAAAAUGUUGCUGUGAAGAUCUUCUCUUCUAGGGAUGAAAAAUCCUGGUUCAGGGAAACUGAAUUGUACAACACUGUAUUGCUGCGGCAUGAAAAUAUUUUAGGUUUUAUUGCAUCUGAUAUGACUUCCAGAAACUCUAGUACCCAGUUGUGGUUAAUUACCCACUACCAUGAAAUGGGGUCUCUGUAUGACUAUCUACAGCUCACUACCUUGGACACUGUCAGCUGCCUACGCAUAGUACUGUCUAUAGCUAGUGGUCUUGCACAUUUGCACAUAGAGAUAUUUGGAACCCAGGGGAAGCCUGCCAUUUCUCAUCGGGACUUGAAGAGCAAAAAUAUCCUCGUUAAGAAAAAUGGACAGUGCUGCAUAGCGGAUUUAGGCCUUGCAGUAAUGCACUCCCAAAGCACGAAUCAGUUGGAUGUGGGGAACAAUCCCCGUGUGGGUACCAAACGCUACAUGGCUCCAGAAGUCUUGGAUGAAACUAUACAGGCAGACUGCUUUGACUCUUAUAAAAGGGUCGAUAUCUGGGCUUUUGGGCUGGUCCUUUGGGAAGUAGCUAGACGCAUGGUUAGCAACGGUAUUGUGGAAGACUAUAAACCACCAUUUUAUGACUUGGUUCCAAAUGAUCCCAGUUUUGAAGACAUGAGAAAAGUGGUCUGUGUAGAUCAGCAAAGGCCGAACAUUCCCAACAGAUGGUUCUCAGACCCUACAUUAACAUCUCUUGCCAAGUUGAUGAAAGAAUGCUGGUAUCAAAAUCCAUCAGCAAGACUAACAGCCCUGCGAAUCAAAAAGACUUUGACCAAAAUUGAUAAUUCCUUAGACAAACUGAAAGCUGACUGUUGACCUUCUUGCGGUGCUCUCCUGACAGGAAGGCGUUUGUCUGGUUCAGAAUUAGUCUGGCCAGACAGUUUAUACGAUUGGUCCCCAUGUGGCUACUUAUAGAGGCAGAAGUUCUUACUAAGCCAUCUGUUUGGGAGACAUCGGAACCAUAUGGACUUUGCUCAGUGACUACAAUGGGCAUUUCACAAAUGGUCAAGCUAUAAGGACUCAUGCUGGAUGUACUGUUGCAAAGGUAGUGGCCUGAAGGAAGACAGAGAAAUCCUAAGACAAGAUCAGGGCAUUAAAUAAUGGCUUUGAACAGCUUUUUUCUAUUUCUUUUUUUUUUUUUUUUUUUUUUUUUUUAAUUCUCCUAAUCACUCCCAGGGUGAACACGUGGAAGUGGUAAAUUUUAAUCAGCAAUAUUGCCUGUGCUUCUCUUCUUUAUUGCACUAGGAAUUCUUUGCAUUCCUUACUUGCACUGUCACUGUUAAUUUUAACGACAUGACUUGCCAAAAAUAUGAUUGGCUGUAUACUACAUUGAUCUAUGCCUGAAUAAUAGGAAAUGAAUUUGGUAAACUGAAAUUGUAACUGUCAGAUUUUAGCUGCAUUUUACAUGUGUACUGAUGUUUACAAUAAUGCUGAACAUUAGGAAUUUCUCGUUUAUACAAAACUUGCAAAUUAUUUAUUACUAGUGCACUUGCCAGUUUUUUAAACUGUAAAAUAAGUGCAUAAAGUUAAAGCUUAUUUUUAUGUGGCCUCUUUCAUGAUUUCUUACACAGAUGUUUUUGUAGCACAAUAUAACCUGAAACAUAAAUUGUUUUCUGUAUUAUCAUAUUACAACUCGAUAGUCACAUUUUAAGUGCUUCACAUUUGUAGGUGUGUGGUCUGUAACAUAUUUUCAGUUCAAAUACGGAACAUAUAUAUAGCCAUUACCCA